CUCUCUCUCUCUCUCUCUCUGGAGAUGGGGAGGCAACCCUGCUGUGACAAGGCCGGAAUGAGAAGGGGGGCAUGGACAGCAGAGGAAGACCAGAAGCUCAUAAACUUCAUCAUCAACAAUGGCAUUCAUUGUUGGCGCCUCGUGCCCAAGCUUGCUGGUCUGAUGAGAUGCGGGAAGAGCUGCAGGCUAAGAUGGACUAACUACCUUCGUCCUGACCUCAAGCGAGAGGCCAUUUCCCAGGAAGAAGAGAGCCAAAUCAUCCAACUCCAUUCGCGUCUCGGGAACAGAUGGUCCAAGAUCGCAUCAUAUUUCCCUGGCCGAACCGAUAACGAGAUCAAGAACCACUGGAACACCCGAAUCAAGAAGAGACUCAACCUCCUCGGCCUGAAUCCUGCGACUCACGAGCUCAUCAAUCCGCCAAAUGCCAGUCCGCAGAUGAUGAUCGAUAUGAAACAGAAGGAAAUCGGAGUCAGCUCGGAAGACAAAUCUGGCUACGAGCAUAGGAUUUGGAUGACAUUCCAGAGCAUGAAUGCAGAGGAGAAUAGGCUGCAGGUCAACUCUUCAGGCAGCUGCAGCUCCUCCUUCUCAGUGCAAGACUCGCUCUGCCCUUCUUCUAGCAAGGAUAACUCUUUUCCUUCAUCGGAAGCAACCAUUUCUCUUGACGAUCUCUUCUUCUAUGGGAACUUGCUAUGAGCCAUCGCCUUAAGCAAAAGAAGCUCUUUUCUUGGAGAUAAUUCCAUAUUCUUUUCAUCAGAUUAGGAAUUCAGAUUUCAGAAUGUAGUUCAGCAUUAAUUCUUUGUAAUCUUAAUAUUCUUCAAACAAGAAUAAGCCUAAACUACUAAAUUGUUUGCUUGCAUACAGCAGAUAUGCCUGCAAAGUCAGCAUUGACUUUGUGUUCUUGGAAGUUUGCCAAACAUGCCUACAAAGUUUGGAUCUACAUAAGCUGCCAUUAUAAAUCAGAGUGAGAAGGUCUCACCCCUAAGAUCAAGGAGGAUGCAUGAUGGCUGAUGGAAUCCAAGGGACAGAGGAAUAUAAUUGGGAUCAACCAUCAUCUCAUGUUCUUGGAAGUGUGCUUGAUUUUUGUA